GCUGCGACUCGACAAAACUUUUAUCUUAUUCCUCUUCAAAAGCAGCAUCUUUCGUUCUCGGGGCUCUAUGGAAGUACACAUGCCGGCAAAAAGGGGGAACUAGAGCUUAGCAGCACCCCCUCCCCUUUUCCAGUGGACAAUAUCCUCUUUUGGACCCAACCAGCCCCUGCUUUUAUGUCAUCUCUUUGGCUUUAGUGUGGCACGCACACAGUGAGGAUGAUUGCACUGGCAGAUGGUGCUCAGUGUGAGGACUAGAAGCUGAAGCUAAGACAAGGCGGAGAGGGACAGACUCGUCCGUCAUGGGAUGCUGCAGUGUGACCCAGAGGCAUACUGGAGUGGACGAGGUGGGCCCUGAUGAGAUCGAGCUCUUGGAACUCUCUGGAGACAAUUUAGGGGUGUGGAGUCUAGGAGAAACCAGAAUUCAGUUAUCAAUCAGAAGCAGCAGAGAUGACCUGCAGCCACAGCCACCACCACCACGCUACCCCUCAGUACGACACCUGGAACAAGAGCAGGUGGUGCUGUGGGGCAGGAGCAGACAGGAGCUACAGCACAGGAUUUACUCCCAGAAGCCAAUCAUGGGUUGGGAGGGCAAACCUCCUCACAUGCAUGGAGACAUCAUCCAUUCCUCUCUGGUGUCUCUCUACAACAGCUACAAACAGGAAACCAGGGAGCUCUUCCUGGUUUUAUUCUCCUCCCACCUGCUGCUCCUCUUCCUGGACCAUUCUCAACAAGACUUCAUUUAUGGGGGCAUCCUUCCCCUUUCUGGACUUUCUUUCCAAGCAGUCUCUGUGGCCCCUGACGCGUCACAUUCACCACACAUGUUUGAGAUCAGCAGCCAGAUGGUGGACUCUAAGGUCUUCAUAUGUUCCAGUGCUGCAGAGUUACAGAAAUGGAUACGUCACAUAGAAGACAUAACGUACCAGUCAGCGACACAACCCAUGAGUCCUUCCCACUGCGCUCUCUCCUAUCUAUUACCCUGUAAUGAGCACUGGAAAAGAGAGGAGCUGAAGAUGUACUUAAUGCAGGCUCCAGUGUUGCAGUGGGAGGGCUCGCCCAUACAGCACAUGGGCCAGCCAGAAUACCUAUCUGUCGUUUACAUCAUCAACACUCAGAGACAGGGACCCCAAGAAAGACUGAUGGUUCUCUUCCCUCAAGACGUCCUGCUGCUGUCGGCUGACAACAAGCGGCUGAAUAUAAGAUAUGAGGGCAGGCUGGCUAGACAAAGCAUCAGAGCCGUGGAGAAGUUUUCAUUGUCUGGACGCCUUGACUUUGAGCUCAUAGGUGACAUGGUGGAGCCCCUGCAUGUCUCUUGUACCAGCCUGGAGGAUUAUCAAAACUGGAUCUUUCAAUUACAACAGCCAGACAGAAGCAGCAACAUUACUGUGAGUCAGGCUGCACCUCCAAUCAUGCCAAAGCUGCAGAGGAGCCGGAAGGAGUCCCAGGAACCGAUGAUAACAGCUGACCAAUAUCACAUCAACGGACGCAGCUGACUCAUCGAAAUGUGGAAAAGCUGGAAAUUUCUCAGUCAUUACAAAUCUAAAACAAAAUGUGAAGAUAGCACAGUAUGUAUAUAUUACUUAUUAUGUGUGCCACAAAAUGCAAGAACAGCAGUGAAGAGGUUCUGAGAACUUCUCAACCUAAUUUUGAUGUAUUUGGGGGAUUUUGUCACAUGCAGGGAUCGAAGAGCUACUAACAGUUCUCUUUCAUGUGGGGGGGAAACGGAAACAAGGCCAUGACCCAGUUUAAGAUCCCACCACAGCUGAAGAAAUGUUAGAUGAAGUGACCGUAGAACUGUAAGGUAGAAUGAAGGAACUGUACAUAUUAGCUUACCAUGAGAUACAGAAUGGUUUACUUUUUGACAAUAAACUGUU